CCAGCGCACUUGCCUGAGGUGGCAGGGCCGAGAGGUGGCAGGCGACGCCGCGACCUCGGCUUAUGGUCGGUCGCCCGCGGGCUCAGGUCAGAUCAGCAGGAGCACAGGAGCAACAGGCGCACUCCACGUCAGUCGCGAUGAGCGUGCCCCCCGAGGUCCCUGCAACUUUCCGUCAUUAAACCAUCCACCAUCCUGUCUGCACCUACCUUACAGAUACACCUGCACCACCUCGACUCUGGCGUUUGUGAGAGAGCUUACCCACGUUAAUACCUAAUUCGCACUUCCGCCAACCACUUUCACUUCCUUCACAAAUCCCAGCGUCGCUGCGUUGUCAUUCACAACCGCUUCUCUUCUUCUUCAUUCCCUUCGUACUGACAUCACCGCCGCGCGCUUUUCCUCUGUACUCGUUCAAUCCCACCCUCCGAUCCGACUAUUCGUUGCGCAACCUUUGCCACGCCCUAAUGAUUUGAAUCUUCCACUAUGUCGACUUCCGCCGAUAUCCCCAACAAGACGCGGCUAUCGCAUCAGCCGUCCAAAAUCCGCGCCGUUCUUUCAUUACCGCCGCAAUGGCUUCACAUGUACGAAGAGUUCAUCACCAAGAACUCUAGUCAGGUCUCUCAAAUAGAGUCGGCUUUACGGUCCCUCACGUACAUCAUUCCUGGUCGAUUCCGCGACGCCGAAAUUGCUUCCGAAACUGUCCACUCGAGUGUACAGCUCCUUUCUCUUUAUCAUGAUACCCUUCUUAUGCGCGCCCUGUCGCGCAUCCCGAUGGCGCGAUUGCCGUCCCCUCAUGCCCGAUAUACGAAAUACUGGACUCAGCGCAGUCCCAUGUACCGGCGCAUUGCCAUGUUAUUGCAAAUGGUCACAUACACACAGCUACUAUGCGAGAUGGCUGCCAAGAGGCGUGGCGGCGAGCGCAGUCGAUGGCGCGUCGUCGUGCUCUUGGAGGCUAUCAAGGCCGUCUGCCGCCUGUUGCUCUUGCGCGUGACGCGCUCUCGACCUCUUGUGUCGCCCGUUCUCCCGGAACGUGAGCCUAUCCCUGAAGAAACCGAGGCCGAAAGUGAUGCCGCUUUGAAGGACAUUUUGGAAGAGCCGACCAAUGGGCAUGUACCGGAAGACAGCGGGGAGGCCCAGAAGCCUCAUGAGAAGGACUGGACGAUGCCCAGAACGGGCAUGAGCCUUCCUUCGCUGCCCAAUGCCGGUGAUAUCAGCGGCUAUCUCCUGGGCAAGGUGUUGACGGCGGAGGAUAUCAAACCAGCUGCAAAGCUGCUGAAUCAGCUACAGGGCAGUGCACAGGCAGCAGAGGUGUUACACAUCCUCGCACCGUUGGUGUAUGCCAUUGCUUUGUCGAAAAGCAAGAAUAAGAAGUCAUGGACACCGUGGCUAGUCGGUCUGAGCGUCGAAUACGCAGCACGGCAACUCAGAGACCGGGGCUUCAGGACAACGCCCCUCGAACGCGACGAAUGGAGCAAGAGAGGCUGGGCCAUGGGUUGGUGGACCAUGCGCGGAGCCUUCUACGAGAAUAUCAUGAAGGGUGUUGUCGGCGGCGUGCGAUCCAGAGUACCCAACCUGGUCGGUGGCAUUCUGGAGGACUAUGAGUAUCUGUGGGAGAACUAUUACUUCAGCACCAGUGCCUAAUGUAGGCUGCUCGGCGAUUGUUCUGCACCGGUGUCAGUCCUAACGAUUGAUGUCGUCUACAAGUCAGCAUCCGCCUAGCUUUUGCAGAGUAUUCCCUGCAUUUCUAUGCAAUUCAGGACUUGAUCAUGGCGCCAAGAACCCUCCCAGACCGCCUCAAGCCACCGUCUAGGUCCCUCAUGCGGCCCAGCAAGGACAGCGAAUCAGACUUGUGAAGGCUUUCUUUUUGCCGUCACCACGCAAAAUGCCAGGUGUUUGUGCAACUCGAGCUCCACGCAUACCUAUCCCCCAACAUAACACCGUGCGUCGAACCCAAGCAUUUCACUUUCUUUUGACGGGCAUCGUAGAGUGAGUGGAGACACGCUGAGAGCUUGACAUGCGGCUCUUGGGGGAGGCCAGGAGCCAAGCCAAAUCGUCAUCGACAAAACGUUUCCGAUGCGAAUGUGCAACGUGCGCAAAGGGACCCGGUUUCGUGCAAAUCCUCCGAAUGGCUACAACGUUGUCAAGAGGAUCCAUUGGUAUCGUUCAAGGGGAGACUCGGGGAACACGCUCUGGGUCCAGUUUGGCCAGGCUCAAUAUACGUGUGAAGCCGGAAGCAAGGAGGGUUGCGACUCUGCGAGCCAUGCUUCCUGAAAUACCCAAUUUGAGACAGCCGCCAUAGCAAAGGAAUGCAGUUCCGGUGCCACAGCAGUGGCGCAAUGACGACUGUCGAGAUAUGUGCAUCAUCCGGGUGCUCAGCCGUUUGCUGGAGAAGUGAGGAUUGCGGCCCUGAUUCUCCGUUUCUUGUCUCGCCAUGCUUGAACCGAGAGCGGCUAUUGUCACGCGGUAUUCCAAGGCUGGUAGUUCGGUUCGUAUCACACGCGAACCCGAGUGCCGUACAAGGGGUUGAAGAUGGUCAAUGUUUGAACCCUAGAGUGUGGAUCAGAGACCUAGAUGAUGGGUAUCGGAUGUUGGUAGGAUCAGUAUGACUAGCUAGCUGUUCAGCCACUUUUUGACCAUCUUAGGCGUCGGCAAAAUGAACAAGUGGUCCCUUUUAAUGCUCCCUUGUGUAUCUGUAUCCGUAGCCUGCAAGACCCUUGUCCAUCCGAGCGCUGCUCCCAAGUCCAGCUCGACACCAGCUCGACCAGGUUCUCUGCCGUUCAGCUUCCCACAUCCCUUUUCUCGCCCGUUGAGCGUUUUAUGUUAUUUGCAGAAAGAAAGGAAAAGCCAAAAAUCCACCAACGCAACACGCACGACACACCGCUGAUCGUCGAAGAGGGCACAUCCGACGGCGUACUUACUGUACCUAGGUAUCCUAUCUGCAGAGACGCAAGGAAAGGUACGGCAGCACCCCCCAUGUCUCUCUUCUUGGAGACCUGUGCGGCGUGCCCUGGCUGGCUGGGAAAGCGGGCGUCCGGCGCGUGGCUUGUCGAUCGUGGUGGUGUCAGUGGUUGGUUGUGGUCGUCCGGAAGUCGAUUCCGUGGGACCCGGGGACGCUGUAUUAUUGCUUUUUCGAGUACUCCUACGGUUCGUUGUCGUCAAGGACUGCUGUGUAGGGUUUAGCUAUGACUUUGGAGUUGGAGCUGCGGAUCAUCACACUGGGCACUGGACACUUCGAUUCGGCGCUAGCUAGUAAGGUGAAUUGGGGGUGUGGUGUAAGAAAAAAUUCUUCACUUGGAUCGGAAUUUAUUUUGUGAGGAUUGAUAUGUUUCGUG